AUGGGGAGGAAGCCAUGCUGCUCCAAGGAGGGCCUGAACAGAGGGGCAUGGACAGCAAUGGAGGACGACAUCCUGGUGUCCUACAUCAACAAGCACGGCGAGGGGAAAUGGGGAAGCCUCCCCAAGCGAGCUGGGCUGAAUCGCUGCGGGAAGAGCUGCCGGCUGCGAUGGCUGAACUACCUCCGGCCGGGGAUCAAGAGAGGCAACAUCUCCGACGACGAAGAGGAUCUGAUCGUCAGGCUCCACAGGCUCCUCGGCAACAGGUGGUCGCUGAUCGCGGGGCGGCUGCCGGGGCGAACAGACAAUGAGAUCAAGAACUACUGGAACACCACCCUCAGCAAGAAGGUAAUGCUGCCGCCGCCGCCGCAAGGGAACAACCACAGCGGCUGCUCCAACAGCCUGCAGGCCGUCGCUUCGUCGAAGCCGGCGUCGCCACCCCCGCCUGAGGGUGCAGCGCCACCGGACACGAGCAGCCCGAUCCGGACCAAGGCGCUGCGGUGCACCACGGUGAUGGCAGCAGCAGGUCACGACCUUCCACUGGAGAACGCGGCGGCUGAAGAGACGACACCGGCUGAAGGCCAGCAAGAUUUCGCUGGAGACGACCUGUCGAUCGACCUCGAUUUGGACGGGAUCGAGCUGGGAUUCCUGCUCAGCCCGUGGCGCGGUGGUGCUGACGGCUUGGAGGCAGCGGGUGAUCAUGGUCUGUUCGGUGCUUGUGGAACUAAUCAGUCUGAUGACCUUGAGGAGCUGCUGGGACUCGGAGACGUCGAGAGCCAUGGUGGAGUGCCGUCGCUCGGAGACUUCGAAUUGCCGUGGCUUUGA